AUGCCACCAAGCUCCAGUACCAAGAAAGAAGCCAUGGAAGACAGGCCUACCAAGUUGGCCAAGCUCAGCCACCUGAGAAAGUCUGUGCCAUACAUGUCCAAGAGUUCCUUGGAACAAGUCUUGAAAUUUGUGAAAGAAGAAGGUGUUCCAGAGUUGCACUCCAGAAAGAACAUGCAAGAGGCAAACCAAGCACUCACCAAGCAGAAGACCAGUUCUGGACCAUUGCUGAUAGAUUUUGAUUUGGUCACAUUGGAUGGGCAAACCAUGCCAGUGCAGUGCACGAAUCUGUGCACUUUUCUCCAAUUGGUGUACAAGCAAGGAGGUCCAUGGUACCAGCUGUUGUCGAAAACCAUGGCACAGUGCCAGCAGAAGCUUCAUUUGGUGGUCUAUGCAGAUGAAGUGACACCAGGUAAUGUGUUGGCACCAAUCACAGCCAGAAAAGUUUGGGCAAUUUAUGCCAGCAUUAAAGAAUUUCACACCCAUCUGCAAAAUGCAGAUGCUUGGGUGACACUUUGCAUAGUCAGACCUUCCACCAUUGCCAAUGUAGAUGGCCACUUGAGCCAAUUGCUGAAAGCAAUUUUGUGCCACUGGUUCAAUACUUGCUUUCUUCAUCUUCAAGGACUCCAGUUAGAAGAGCCACAAGACAUCAGUGCUGCCAAAGCAUACACCAGAGUGUUCUUGCACCUUGGCUUUUUCAUCAUGGAUGGAGCUGCCCAUAAGUUUGCAUUGUCCAUGAAAGGAGACAGUGGUUCCAGGUUCUGCUCUUUGUGUAAGAAUGUCUUUUUAGCCAAAGGAAGCCAAGAUGAGGAUGGCCAAGUGGCAACCAUAUCUUCAUACACAAAGCAUACAGGUUUACAAAUCAACCAAGAUGUUGAAAUUUGGGACAGCUGGGCCAGAAUGGCCACCAGGUCCACCACUGUGUCAGCUGCCCAAUUCAAGAAAUGGGAGCAAGCUUGUGGGAUCACUUUUUCACCACAUGCAAUCCUGGCAGACAGAUCCUUGCAGGAAGUUGUGCGCCCAACCAAAAUCAUUUUCCAUGACUGGAUGCAUGCUUUGUUGUGCCAAGGGGUCAUGUCCCUUUGCAUUUACAAUUUGCUUGAAGCCUUGGAUUGCUGGGCCACAUUAGAGGGUUGGCUUUCUUGCUGGCAUGUGCCACAUGCCUUCCACAAUUUCAAGCCUGCAGCACUCUUUCAACAAAAAAGAGUUGACAAACACAAGAAGUCCUCCAAGUUCUCUUGCACAGCUUCAGAAUUGUUGACUUUGCUGCCACUGCUGGACCAUUUUUUGGAUGCCAUUAAAGCUGAAGACACAGCCCACAAAGCUGCAGCCCAUUGCUUCCAAGACUUGGUACAUUUGGUUGAAUUGUUCCAAGCCACUUGGCACCACUUAGCCACACCAGAUGCUUUGGCCAAGCAGGUGGAAAAAUGCCUGGCCACUUGGAAAGAUCUUGGCUGGCCAAUGAUCAGGAAGCACCAUUGGCUGUUGCAUGAAGAACAAAGUGGUGGGGCAGCUAGCUGCUGCCAGAACACCACAGCCAUGGAAAGGUCCAUCAUGGAGGAGUUGCUAGCCAAAGAGCUGUCCAUCUCCAAGCCGUUUGACAUGUCCAUUGGCCUGCUUGAACCCACCAGGGCUCCCAAGAAGCUUUGGCCAUAUGGCCUGGCAAUUUGGCCCCAUGCAGCCUCACAUGCCCAAGACAUGUGGACAUCUUUUUCUGCCAGAAUCCAGCACAAUGCCACUUGCAGUCGUGGUGAUGCAGUCUUGCUGCAAUGCACAGCCAGGCCACCAUUUGAAGCUGGCAUUGUUGUUUGCUUCUUGUCUUUCCAAGGAGAAGAUGUAUGCAUCAUCCACAUGUUUUCUUUACUCUCCACUGGCCCCAAGCACUGUGUGUGGCAUGACACUGAACAGCAGAUGGCAUACCCUUUGAACCAAGUUCUGGCACCAGUGUAUUGGACCCAAAGCACUAAAGGCAUCACAACUUUGACCCCCUUCUCGGCCAGAUGA